CAAUUUACUCUAUUUGAUUGAAACAAGCUCGUCGGUCGUCUCAUAUAAAGGUCGCGGGUCCAUUUCGUCUUUCUAAACUAAAUAAAUAUCUCUUCGUUUUCUUUGGCAUCGCGUGUCCGAUCACCGGAAAAGAUGAUUCCGGUGGCCGGAAGUUGCAGGGUGGAAGCGAACUCUGUUAUAGCUUUGCAGUGAUAUUGGAUUUCAUGGAUUCUCCCGAGAUCUCUCAGGCAGCCGGGAAAGGUUCCUACCACCUUCUGCUGCGUUGCUCCUUUGCUCUCCUUUUCUCUGUCGUCGCGACGUUUUUCUUAUCCUUCGUCGCCGGGUUCGUCGUUAUCUUGGUUGGAAAUUUGUCAAUUUCUAGUCCGAUUUCAGUGGCGGGGCAGUGCAAGAUUGUCUCAAGUGGUAUGUUUUCUGGUGUUGAUCUGAGGUCAUCCAAGGUUUGCGAACUUGGGUUGUUGAAUUACAAUGCCAAGCAUGUCUUUUAUCCCUUAGAAAGAAGAAAGUUUCGAUGCCAUUAUGAUUACUAUUGGGCUUCAGUUUUCAAGGUGGAAUACAAAGAACAUUCUUCAGGUCAAACACGGCUUGCAUUGGCAGAGGCUCCAAGGGAAGCUCUACCUCUUGAUUGCAGGCCUAGUUUUGGCACUGCAUGGUUGACCAAGGAUAAGUUCAAGGUAAAUGAAACUUAUAACUGCUGGUAUACACCUGGCUUUUCCAAAGUGGGCAUUUAUUCUGACAACCUCUUCAAUUGUCAAACCAAAGAUCCAUCUAUUGUUGAAAUGAUGAGAAGAUCCUCCAUCCUCUUCACAACGAUGGUAUACUCCUCUUUUUCUGGCAAGGGAAGAGUUCGGCACAUAUACAGGGAAACAUUAGCUGGACUUGUUGCUGGUGUGUUAACUUCCUUUAUUAGUGUCAUCUUAGUUAGACUCCUAUAUGGAUUGAAAUCCCGGCUGAGCAAAGGCUGGGAAUCAAGGAAGCUUCAUCUUGCUGUCUAUGGGGUUCGCAUAAAGCGAGCUUGUUUUCUGGUUGCAUACUUCUCUUUUAUGGGUUGGUUGACCAUUCAAUAUGGAAAGAUGCUUGGCUUCCCAAAAAUGUUCAUCAAUUCUUAGUAGUAUUUGUAACAGCACCAGUCUUGAUACCAAAACGUUGAAAUGCAAAUUCCCUGAGAAAGUCUUCAGCUGUAUUCUCCAAAAUCUUCGCUUGUAUGCUGCUUUUAGUGGGAAAGUAAUACGCCCUUCAAGUUUUGUAGGAGGCAUGGCCCCAAAUCCCAAUGCUUGUUUAUGUUGAAUUUUAUAGUUCAUGUAAGGCUCAUUGUAAUUAUAGGACAUGUCAAAUGAUUUAGAGGCCAAGGCUAUUGAUUAUUGUUAGCUUUCUGAACUCA